GAGGCAGCAUGGCGGCGGAAGCGGCCAUGGCGGCAGAGGAGCUCGCAGCGCCCGCGGCUGCCCCGGCUGUGAAGGCGGCGCCGCUCCUGGCGCUGGAGCCGCGAUUGCAGCGCCAGUUCCAGCAGAAGGUGCAGCGGGCCCGCAACAAGCGGGCGGACAAGGAGGAGCUGACGCCGGGCGUGGUGUUCGUGGGGCAUCUCCCACGGGGUCUGUGCGAACCGCAGCUCCGCGAGUACUUCGGGCAGUUYGGGACGGUGACACGGCUGCGCCUCUCCAGGAGUAAGAAGACUGGAGCCAGCAAAGGCUAUGCAUUUAUGGAGUUUGAGUCUGAUGAUGUGGCCAAGAUUGUGGCAGACACAAUGAAUAACUACCUGUUUUCUGAGAGACUGUUGAAGUGUCAGUUCGUGCCUCCUGAAAAGGUCCAUGAAAACCUCUUCAARGACUGCAAGAAGAUGUUUCGGAAGCCUUCCCAGCCGGCUGUCCGGCGCUACAACAAGGUCCGCUCCCUCGUGGAGAAGGCCAAGAUGACAAAGCGCCUGCUGCGCAAGGAGAGGCUUUUGCGGAAGAAGCUGGCUGAAAAGGGSCUCGAGUAUGACUUCCCAGGAUUUGCUGCACAGGCACUUUGCAAAAAGAGAAAAAGAAUGAAAACAUCCAAGAAAUCAAAACUGAACGUUUCUUUGAGUAGCCAGGCUCCUACUCCAGUCUGUACUCCAGCAGUGCUCGAGCGCCGGAAAGCUGCUCAGGUGGAUGAUGAAACAGAGGAUGAAGUAACUCUCAAGCUUCCCUCUGCCAGUGCUAAGARUGCUGUGCAGAGACCAAAGAAGCAGCCAAGGCAAAGACCAAACCUGAAGAAACAGAAAUAAGACUUAAAAUUUUAGUGGCUGUAGCCAUAUUUUUCCUCAGCUUAAAAACUGUUGAGGUGGAGCUUCUACCAGUUCUGCUGCCCUCUGGGCUUGGUUCAUCCUGCCUAGACUGUUUCAGUUUUUCCUAGGCAAGGACUCUGCUCACAAAUCCUCUCCAUCUGGUUUAACCAUCAAGGGACCUACUGUCCUCUGUGCUUUUGAAGAUCUUGACUUUGUGCUCACAAGUGCCCAUACUGUGACACAGCUACAGUUGUCCCAAAAUCUUCAGUUAAUUUUGUAACUUGUAUCUAGAGCUCAYUAUUUGAAAAGAAAAUGUGAGGCAGUCCAUUCAGAACUUGCUGAUGCAAGCAACUGUAUCUUAAAUUUAUGACAGGUUAUUAAAAAAAUCAYCACUUUUUAACUUU